CCGUCGGUCCCGCCCGGUGCUGUCGCGGCUGUGUCCGGGUUUGGUGGUGUUGGGAGGCUGCCGUAUCCCGCCGCCUCCAUUGGCUCCGCUCCCCGGUGCCUCGCCCGCCCCAUCCGGAAGCGGGUCGCGCUCAAUCCCUGGCGGGAUCUUCCCCCAAAGUCUGCCAGACCGAGCACACGCCUGCGCUGUGGCCGCUGCUUGUGCUUCCAGCGCCCGCAGGUCCCACACUCAGUCGCCCUGAGUGUGGAUGUGGAGUACGAGUGACUGAAAUGCUCCAAGGAUCCCCAUCCUGUGUUUGGUGUCAGUCUGGCAGUACCCUCAGAGCCUCUGGGUUUUGCUGUGUCUGCAGAAAGCACCUCCAGGAGAUCCCAUCCUCUAGCACUAAUGUUUCCACCAGCUUGGAAUUGGACUCCGGAAAGACCUCCGACCUUCUGUCGGCCCUUAAGAAGGACAAGCUGGGCAAUGAAAACACACCACAGGACCUGCUGGUGUCGUCACCCUGCCUUCCUCCAAAACGGCAGAAGGUGAAGGACAACGAAAAGGACUUUGUUAUCGUGCGCCGGCCAUGGCUGCUCCGAGAGCCAGAGUCAGGUAUUUCUUUGGAUGCACUUCCAGAUGAAUUGCUUUUGGCAAUCUUUGCCUAUUUGCCCCUAAAGAAUUUGCUGAAAGUUUCUAUGAUUUGCAAGAGAUGGCAUAGACUUUCGUUUGAUGAAUCUCUGUGGCAGACUCUUGAUUUGACUGGUGGGAAUCUGCUGCCAGGAGUGCUAGGACAGUUGUUGCCUGCAGGUGUUACUGUGUUCCGCUGCCCGAGAUCUUGCAUUGGGGAUCCGUUGUUUAAAACAAGCAAUCUUCUUAAAAUUCAGCACCUGGAUUUGUCAAACUGCACAGUGUCUGCUGCAGAUCUACACAGUAUUCUUUGUCUGUGUGAAAAGCUGCAGAACCUCAGCUUGGAGGGUCUAGUGCUUUCUGACAACAUCAUCAAUAGCAUUGCUAGAAAUCCCAAUUUGAUACGACUAAACCUCUGUGGAUGCUCAGGGUUUUCUGCAGAUGCCUUGGAACUGAUGUUGAGCAGCUGUUCUAUGCUGGAGGAGCUGAACUUGUCCUGGUGUGAAUUCACAGCCAUUCAUGUCAAAGCAGCAGUCAAUCAUGUUACUUCAAAGGUCACCCAGUUAAAUUUAAGUGGAUACAGAGAGAAUCUACAAAUAGCAGAUGUGAAAACACUGGUGGGGAGAUGUCCUUUGCUUGUCCAUUUAGAUCUCAGUGACAGCAUGAUGUUAAAGCCUGAGUGCUUCCAGUAUUUUAAACAACUUGCAUUCCUACAACACCUGUGCCUUAGCCGUUGUUAUCAGAUAUCACCUGCUGCCUUAGUGUUAAAACUGCAAAUACCAUUUCAAAAACCUGAAUGGUAUGAGGAAUUGGGAAUAAAACUAAGAGAGCUUGGUGAAAUUCGAACACUGAAGACUCUUCAGGUAUUUGGAAUAGUGACUGAUAGCUCCCUGCAGCUCCUCGAGGAAGCACUGCCUGACAUGAAGAUCAAUGGUUCACACUUUACCAGCAUUGCAAGGCCAACUGUUGGCAAUAAAAAGAGCCAUGAGAUUUGGGGCAUCAAAUGCAGAUUGACACUGAGAAAUCCUAGUUUCUUGUGAUCAUGUACAAUGCACUGGAUGCCAUGGACAUACUGUGCAUUGAAGCUCCUUAGGGAAAUAUGUGCUGGAGCACCUUUUAUCAUAGUACUGUUACUGUCUAACUUGGUCUUACACCCUAAUAUUGUUUCAUAAUAUUUUGUAUCAGUUUUUUGUACUUAAAACCUUUAGAAAUUUGAUGAUCUGUGAGAAAUUAUGGAAUAUUUCUUUCAGUCUUUCUUUUUUAUAGGGGAUCUUUGAAAAAAAAUAUUAUGAAACAAAUCACCAUAAUUAAAUAAUGUCAGCCUCUAGCAACUGUCUGCAGCUUAUGGAACAGCUUGCAGAGGUGCCAGACAUCUUUAUAAGGUUUAUUAAGGAAUUUGAAGAAUUCAGAAUGAAUACAUACUAAAUAUAUUCAACUGAAGAAAAGGUACAGUAGGAUGAAUGACUCAAACUUGAAAACAGUAAAUUGGGGAUAUUUACACAGAAGCAGCUAAGAAACAGCUCAAUACCUUACAAGUUAUGCAGCAUAAAGGAGCUAUAAUGAAGUUUUUGUUUAGGAGGCCACAAAGGAAACUUUGGCCUUUAGUAGCCUUCAUUUUUAGCCACAGUGUGAAAAGCCAGUUCAGAAUUAGCAUCUGUAAAAAUAGAUGCUGGUUAUCCAUUAUUUCAUGUUGUGGUCCUAGGUUUUCUGAUUACAUUUUGCAGAAACUUCAUGUAGCUUCUGUGAGCCUGAUUGCAGAUAAAACUUUAUCCAAGAUCUUUCAAUGCAACUGAUAAAUUGGUAGAAGGAGGAGGGCUCAAAGAGUUCUAGAUAUGGCCAAAACCGAGAACCUGGGACUACUCUCUAAGAAUGCUAAAAGGGAGAGAUGCUUUGGUGCUAUCAAGAGACAAAUUUCUCUUUUAUAUUAGUUUGCUUGUAGUAGCACUUCAUGUAUUUGUAUCACUAACCACUAUUGUCUAGUGUUGAUUUUGUUUUUUUUUAAAGUCAUAUGAGAAAUUGAGUAACUGUCCCCAAAGAAAAAAAAAAACCAAAUAAAGUAUAGGGACAGGUAAUGACUUUAAAUUAACCUUUCAUUUGCAUCUGUUACCAGAGUACUCAUGCAUAAGCCUAGAAUGUUCCAGCAGGUUUUUUAGGUGAUAAUUCCUAAGGCAAAACUUGGAGCCUCUGCAGGACAUAAACAUGCUGCUGUUUUUCCCAUGAAUGCAGUAAGCAAGCAGCUGAAUUUAUUCAUGGAUGUUUUUAAGAGUAGCUGAUGUAUUACUGAGGCCUUUGCAUAGAUAUAACUUCCCACUGCAGUCUUGAGGAAAAGCAUUCAGGAAUGAAUACCUGGUAGUACAGAACAUAUUAAUUAAUGUGGAAAGGUUGUAUGAGUACUAGAAUUUGAUAUUUAACUUGACUUUCUAGAAUAUAGUAAAUAAAGCAUUAUCUUGCAGUCUAAGUUGGUUUGGUUUUCGUUAAUUUAACACUGUAAGUAACAGAUGUUAAUAAUGGGCUCGUAUCCCCUACAAAGGAGUUAAUGGGCAACAUACCCUAUGGAAGCUGGAGGAAUGAUAGGGGGUUGGAGGAUACAGAGUAUUCUACUGCCUCAGUUUGCUGCCUUAGUAUUAUACUUGAAAUUACUUCAGGAAGAAAAAGUAAAUCUGUACAGUACAGCAUUACCGUAAUUUUUUCUCCUAAUGCACAGUGUAACUCCAUGCAACAUCUCUUGUGUGCACUCCAUAAUAAAACCUGAUACAUUGA